UUACGAAUCGGACAUUGCCUGUAGAGAAGUGAAAGGACCGUUGGAGCGGGUUGAACGCUACUGGGUGGCUCCUCUGCUAGCUGCUUCGUGGGACGCUGCUUUAUUUGGCGACCUGAGUUACUUUUAUAGUUACAGUAAAUACAAGUGAAGGUUGUGGAAGUUGAAGUUAACAGCGUGACUCGGAUUCAGAGUGGCACAGAAAUCGCUCAAAUGUCCAAAACCACCUACAAAAUCCUGAAGAGACGUUGCUAGCUUCCGCUAGCCCAGGACUGUGAGUUGAUUUUAGCUGCAGCUGUUUGGCCCUAGUUCGGGUUUGUUGAUAUUUGUUGAAAAAAUAAGUAUUAAAUUAAGCAUAAGAGUUAGCAGAAUCAUAGCUGAAUGCGUGUCGAAAAAGAGUAGAUAUAAAGUAAACAGUGUGUGCUAACACUGCUAGCCCACAUUUUCACCAGAGUUUAUUGAAAAGCCCAGUUCUCCCCAAAGAAGACUCGGACUGUAGGAGUUGUUGCCCGGAAUAUGGCUCAGCAUGGACAUCAUGUUGCGAGUUCACAAAAGGCGUUAAUGCUAGAGCUGAAAAGUCUUCAGGAUGAGCCCGUAGAAGGGUUCAAAAUAACUUUGGUGGACGAGUCGGACUUGUACAACUGGGAAGUGGCGAUUUUCGGACCUCCAAAUACACAUUACGAGGGUGGUUAUUUUAAGGCUCGCAUCAAAUUCCCUAUUGAUUACCCUUAUUCACCUCCAUCCUUCAGAUUCCUCACCAAGAUGUGGCACCCCAACAUCUAUGAAAAUGGAGAUGUGUGUAUUUCCAUCCUGCACCCUCCAGUAGAUGACCCUCAGAGUGGAGAGCUGCCCUCAGAGAGGUGGAACCCCACGCAAAAUGUCAGGACCAUCUUGCUGAGUGUGAUCUCUCUGCUGAACGAGCCCAACACAUUUUCCCCAGCCAAUGUCGACGCCUCAGUCAUGUACCGCAAGUGGAGGGACAGCAAAGGCAGAGACCGGGAGUAUGCUGACAUAAUCAGGAAGCAGGUUUUAGCCACUAAAGCAGAUGCAGAGCGUGACGGGGUGAAAGUUCCCACCACGCUGGCUGAAUACUGUGUGCGCACCCGUGCUGCACCACCUGAUGAGGGUUCCACACUCUUCUAUGAUGAAUAUUACGAUGAUGAUGAGCAACUGGACGAGGACAGUGAUGAGGAAGAGGACUGUUGUUAUGAUGAUGAUGACUCUGGCACCGAGGACUCAUGACAUCACUGAACUGAACUCUUCAUUCCCUUGCUUUUAACCCUGUCUAAAAAGUAGGCUCUUAGUUGAUUUUGUUUUGCUUUUCCUCUUAUAGUUUUACUUUGAUUUUCCUCUUUUGGUUUUGAGCGCUUUUUGCAUAAGAACUAUGACUCAGCAGUCACCAUAGAGGACUAGUUUGUAUUUUUGUUGACGCAUGAUUCCGUGAUGGGGAGCGGAGUAGGAGUGGCUGAUUUUGUGCUAAAAGGUCACUGAUCCAGCUGAGCCAUUCUUGUUCUCUUAGCCCUCUUUCAGUUCAUACCCAACUUGGUUAAGAUUGCCCUUUUUUACUUUAACCAGUGGAAGCUGCUCACCACAGGUAUAAAUAGGAUUCAGUAGAAAACAGCUUGGUCUUGUGUGUAUGAUUGGUGCAUUCAAGGCUGAGGAUUCAUUAACAGUCUCAGUGGUGCUGCAGACAUGUAGAUAUUAUACAGUACUUCAGACUCAGGGCUAUUUCUCUUUCUAAUGACAUUAGUAAUUAUUUCAACCAGCCAGUGAAUUUGAUCUUGGAGUUUUGAUGUACAGUACUGUGCAAAAGUCAGAGACCACCCUUCAUUUAUUAAUUUCUAGUCAAAACAGCCAUUAAAUACAAGUUAUUAAUUUUUCACUGUCAAGGGAAAAAAAAGCAGAAAACACACAUUUUACUGAAAAUUUCACAGAUGCUUCAACAACUAGGUACAGUGUAUACAUUUUCAGUAUUUAGUGUGUACACCCUGCCUUUAUUGCAGCUUCUGUUUUUUUUUUUUUUAGGCUUGCUUUUCAGUUUUUCAAAGAUAUCUCCUCAAAAAUAUCACCAGAAAAAUUAACGAUUUUAUUUCCACUGAAAUUGGCCAUUAAGCAAAUGAACGGUGGUCUCUGACUUUUGAAAAGGAUUGUGUGUGUGAAUGCAUGUGUGCAAGUGAACACACUCUAAAUCCCAAGAGUGAGCUUUUUCAAACAAAGUAAUUGGUACACAUAUUUAAGAUAAACACACUCCCUAUUAUUUCAGCGUCUCAAAGUACAUUCCGAGGUUGCUAGGUUAAGGAAAUUGAUUGCCCUGAUUCAUUUAGGUUACCAGCACCAUAAUUUGUUUGCAGAUCAUAUGGGGUCUCUCAUGCUUGGUUUUAAUGUUCAAAUAGUCACACUCCUCCCAUAGUACCACCACAUUUGUAUACAAGCAAAUGCCAUUUUGAGCUUACUUUUGAGGUAGUGCUUGAUGGACAAGUUUAUUUUAAACUUUUGAUCUUGGUGAACCUAAAGGAGAUGUCAUGUAGUCCUCUGAUGUACUCCCUUGUAAAAGCUAUUAUUUUUCCCUUGGUUUGCAGCAGGAGCCGAUAUUUGGAAGCUAAAAACCUCUUCUGGAAAACCGACAAGCCACAAUGAUCAGACAUCAGGCCUCAAUGCUGUUUACAAACCUCAACAUUUAUAAUGCUGUUGUCCAAAGAAAACAUUAAAAGUGCUUUCCCCGUAGUGUUAUCCCUAAUCUUAGUUUCGCUGUGUGGUUACAGCUGAUCACACUGUCGCUGUCAGUCUGGAAGGAUGAGGGCUAACACAAGCUGUAAAACCAGUCUCCAUAUCUGUUCAAUCAGCCACGUACUUGGUGUCUCAAGAUCUCAAGACUGUCAUGGCUAGACCAAAAUAUGCAAACAAAUUGUGCAUUCAUUUUUCUGAAAAGAUGCUGUUUUUGAGAUACAAGAGUGACUUAAUUCAUAUACAUAGUAUGCAUUAUUGUUCUCAUUUACUCCUUUGUUUUUUUGUUUUUUUUUUCUUUUUUUCGUAUGGUUUGUAAAUCUAUUUAAAACCUGAAUAAAGAUCUUUAUCACAGCUGCUUUACA